CUCCCAAGCGUCUCGGUGGCGAAGCGAGCCCGCGUCCCUCCUCCUUCCGUGGUAGAAGCACACCCCGGGAGGGGGGUGGGUGCUGACCGGAGGAGGGCUCGGUGCUACCCCGAGCUCGUAGGGUGUGAGGCGGCGAGGCCUGCAGACGGGCCGAGGGCCCUUCGUGGGGAAGGGGCGGCUGGGGGCGCUUACUGCUCCCCAGCACGGGGAGAUAACCUGCUUCCGAAAGCGGGGACCGCCCUCGCGGUGAGUGGCGUUAACUGUAGUUAUUGAAAACGUUCCACGCUUCUCAGGGUUUUAUUCCAAGUCUGGGGAAAAGGCUGCAAAUUCCGAGGCUGUUCUCGAUUUCGGAGUAGGUAAUGGACAAAGGAAGACGCUGAAGACCUGCUUCCUGAUGAUCGCGAGAGUCAUGCAGGUCCGAUGGUACUUCAGGCAGAACAGUUAGAAUGAGAAUUACCGUAUUCUAUGGCUGAGAUACUCGAUAAUGGCGACUUUGACGAUGCAACGGUUGUUUCUUUCAGAAAGCUGCCAUUAGUCCUCCAAAACAAAACAAAAGAAGAGUUCUUUUGUUUGAAACUCGCAGCGAAGGUCUGGGUUGUCACUAUUCCCAUUAUACUACCACUUUUUCAAUUUCCAGAUUAAGUGGCUAUGCUUGUGGGAGAGAGAAAAACGUGCCACGGUCUGAAGGAAAAGGUUGAUUGUAUCUUUUUCCUAUAUGAAGUUGGCAGAACAUCCUUUCGAUAAGCCACUAUGUUGGAGGUUUUAUGUUGCUUUAGUAGUGACUAGGAGGUCACUUUUUACUUUCUUGACAGUUACAGAGUAGGUGUUUUAUUUCAGUCACAGACCUAAGGGGGGGCAAAAAGACAUGUUACUAAUUGAUGUAUGGUGAUACCAUUCUUCUGUAUCUGCCUAGAACUGAGGAGUAAACGAGGGUGAACUUUCAUAGCAUGACUUGCUGCUGCAAAAAGAAACUGUGCUACCAAGCUCUGCUAAGCUACUGCCACUGCUCUUCUGACCUCAGUAGUGUCCUCCAUCUUACCGAACCACAGAAAAUUAUUCUUUUGCUGAUCAGUUAGCACUGCCAGGUUAGUUAGCUGAACCAGCUUGGAGGGAAGAGCGAGGUUUGGCACAGAUUGUAAUUUUUAGUAGCAGCAAGCCAUUACUAGUUUAGCUAAAUGAGGCCACUUUAUCUCCAGUUUCUGAAUCACAGGUUCUUGGGCACGUUUUCUUGUAAACCUGAAUGACUGAAGUUGGAAAGAUAAAAUUUUUUUUCUUUCAUUUGUUCAGUUACUGCUGCAUCUGCUAUUGCCAACAUUGUGAAGAGUUCUCUUGGGCCAGUUGGUCUGGAUAAGAUGUUGGUGGAUGAUAUUGGGGAUGUGACCAUCACUAAUGAUGGUGCAACCAUUCUGAAACUGCUGGAAGUGGAACACCCGGCUGCAAAAGUUCUUUGUGAGCUGGCAGACUUGCAAGACAAAGAAGUUGGUGAUGGGACAACCUCAGUGGUAAUUAUUGCUGCAGAACUUCUAAAAAAUGCAGAUGAAUUAGUGAAACAGAAAAUUCAUCCUACCUCCAUCAUUGGUGGAUACCGACUUGCUUGCAAGGAAGCAGUUCGCUACAUCAAUGAAAAUCUUAUUAUUAACACAGAUGAAUUGGGCAGGGAGUGCCUAAUUAAUGCUGCUAAAACAUCAAUGUCCUCUAAAAUUAUAGGAAUUGAUGGUGAUUUCUUUGCUAAUAUGGUGGUGGAUGCCGCACUGGCGGUUAAGUAUACAGACCAGAAGGGUCAGGCUCGGUAUCCAAUCAACUCGGUUAAUGUUUUGAAGGCACAUGGCCGCAGCCAAAAAGAGAGCAUACUUGUGAACGGUUACGCUCUGAACUGCGUGGUGGGCUCACAGGGUAUGACCAAGAGAAUAGUUAAUGCAAAGAUUGCAUGCCUUGACUUCAGCCUGCAGAAAGCAAAAAUGAAGCUUGGUGUCCAGGUCGUUAUCUCAGACCCUGAGAAGCUGGACCAGAUAAGACAGAGAGAAUCAGAUAUUACCAAAGAAAGGAUCCAGAAGAUUUUGGCCACUGGUGCCAAUGUCAUUCUCACCACUGGAGGUAUUGAUGACAUGUGUCUGAAAUACUUUGUUGAUGCUGGUGCUAUGGCAGUACGAAGAGUUGUAAAAAAGGACCUUAAGCGGAUUGCUAAGGCAUCCGGAGCAACCAUAUGUUCGACCCUUGCAAACCUUGAAGGCGAAGAGAGUUUUGAGGCUUUAAUGCUGGGACAGGCAGAAGAGGUGAUUCAAGAGAGAAUCUGUGAUGAUGAGCUGAUCUUAAUCAAGAAUACAAAGGCUCGUACUUCAGCAUCAAUUAUCUUACGAGGAGCUAAUGACUUCAUGUGUGAUGAAAUGGAACGAUCUAUACACGAUGCUCUCUGUGUUGUUAAAAGGGUGUUGGAAUCCAAGUCUGUUGUCCCAGGUGGUGGUGCUGUAGAGGCAGCACUUUCUAUAUACCUUGAAAAUUACGCGACCAGCAUGGGAUCACGUGAACAACUUGCGAUAGCAGAAUUUGCCAGAUCCCUCUUAAUAAUUCCAAAUACACUGGCAGUAAAUGCCGCUCAAGAUGCGACAGACCUCGUUGCAAAGUUGAGAGCGUUCCACAACGAGGCUCAAGUUAACCCAGAUCGCAAGAAUCUGAAAUGGAUUGGUCUUGACUUGAUCAAUGGAAAACCUCGCGAUAACAAGCAAGCCGGUGUCUUUGAACCAACUAUGGUCAAAACGAAGAGCCUAAAGUUUGCAACAGAAGCUGCAAUUACUAUUCUUCGAAUUGAUGAUCUUAUUAAACUGCACCCUGAAACUAAGGAAGAGAGAGGGUGUUAUGAGGAUGCAGUUCACUCUGGAGCACUUGAAGAAUAACUUGGGUCUUAUUUAUGUUUGUCUAACUUACACUUCUCACUCUUGUAACUAAAAUGUUAAUAAAACUAGUGGUUGAAUGCUGCUGCUACUUUCUUGUGAA